UCAUCACUCUCUCUCUCUCUCAUUUCUUGAAAUCGAAAAAUAAAAAUAAAAAUAAAAAUAAAAAUAAAAAUAAAACCAUUCGAUCGGAAAACAAAAUCACAAAAGAAUGGAUCCUUUCUUGAUUCGAUUCGUCCUCGCGGUGUUUCUCUCGUCCUUGAUCGCGAUCAGAGCUUUGAAGCGCAAGUCUCUGGAUCGAUCGGGAGCUCUCGCUGGGUUCUUGGUGAUGGCGGUUCACUUCUGCGCCGGUUUCAGGUUUGGAUUUUUACUGCUGGUGUUCUUCUUCUCGUCGUCGAAGCUCACGAAGGUGGGAGAAGAGAGGAAGAGGAAAUUGGAGGAGGAUUUCAGAGAAGGAGGCCAGCGCAAUUGGGUGCAGGUUCUAUCCAACAGUGCAAUUGCGACCAUUAUGCUGCUUGUACUCGCCCUGUAUCAGGAACAGCAAUGGUGCCUAAACACAAAAGAAUCAAUUGUUAUAACUGGCCUUAUUGGUGGAAUUAUUGGACAUUACGCCUGCUGCAAUGGUGAUACUUGGUCAUCAGAAAUUGGAAUACUGAGCAGUGGAGAACCUCGUCUUAUCACAACCUUCAAGAAAGUUCGGAAAGGUACAAAUGGUGCGGUCUCCAACGAAGGUCUUCUAGCCGCCGCAGCAGCUGGCUUUGUUGUUGGGCUGGCUUAUGUUGCGGUGGGGUUGGUAUCAGCUGAAUGUGCUAGUGAUGCAUCUUGGAGGCAACUCCUAGUUAUACCUCUUGCCACAGCAUCUGGCUUGUUGGGAAGUCUUAUCGAUUCAUUGUUGGGUGCAACAGUUCAGUACAGUGGAUACUGCAAUGUCCGCCGUAAGGUGGUCAGCAAAAAAUCACCAACCGUGAAGAGAAUCUCUGGAGUGGACAUCCUCGACAAUAAUGCUGUGAAUGCAGUAUCAAUACUGCUCACCUCACUGCUUACAGGGCUAGCAUGCCUGUACAUCUUCUAAAGGCUUCAAUAGUUGAGCAGGCGAUUCUUUUCUUCGGCAAUAUUCUCAUUCCCUUUGGUCGGUAAUACUGUCCCUGAUACGGGAAAAACCUCAGAAAUGGUUGUAAAAUGCUUGUUGUUGUACCAUAAAUGUAACGCGCAACACAAAUUGUAGAAGAGUUUUGAAGGGUUCUUGGAUCAAGUGGAUGGUGGGCUAAUCAUCAAACUAGGAUCCGCGUGCCACAUCCAAAGGUAUCGGGGACCAUUGCCUGAAGCAACAGAAAGUUGCAUGUGCUGCUAUGUACAACUAUUUUUUCGAUGCUGAAGACUCUGCAUGUUACCCUGUGAA